ACUAUUCUUAACAUUCCGAGUGGGCUAAAUGACCGGGAGCGUUGAGUAUACUCAACACUUAGAAGAAUUUGAAUUGUUUUUGUUUUGGUUUUGGCGGAGAGAGUGACGAGAAUUUUGACAACAACACGGCAGGUUUUCUUUGAAUAUAAUAUAUGAAUACAUACAUGUUGUCGACGACACCUUCACUCUACCUCAUAGCUACUUUGUUGCUGGGCUUGGUUGGGAAAAAAAAAGUUGUCGUUUAGAAAAUAUAAAUUGUUCAAGUUAUAUUUUUUUUUUUCACAAAAGCAAUUUCUUAAUAAAUUCCAAUGUCAGAUACAGAAAAAAACAAUGGCACCUUCGGUGCAAAACGUGCCAAGUUUGCCGUCCAGAAAGAUGAACUACAAAGUGAAUGUGAAAGUGUUAUUGCAACAAAUAAAAAACUACAAAUUACUGAAAACGAACAAGUGGCAGAGUAUGUUUGUGAUCAAUUCAACGAAUCAUUUUCAACACAUAGUUCACAACAGCAGCAACAGCAAAAUGAUGGACCAGUUGUUAUUGAAGAAUCUACAGAUAUUCAAGAAAAUGCAACAACAGAAACUGCUGUUCGUGUUUCUGUGAUUAAGAAUCCUAUGAUGAUUCAAAAGAAAAGUGAACGUGAAAGUGUUCUUGCAACAAAUGAAAAACUACAAAUUACUGAAAACAAACAACUGGCCGAGCAUGUUUGUGAUCAAUUUAACGAAUCAUUUUCAACACAUAGUUCACAACAGCAACAACAGCAAAAUGAUGGACCAGUUGUUAUUGAAGAAUCUACAGAUAUUCAAGAAAAUGCAACAACAGAAACUGCUGUUCGUGUUUCUGUGAUUAAGAAUCCUAUGAUGAUUCAAAAGAAAAGUGAACGUGAAAGUGUUCUUGCAACAAAUGAAAAACUACAAAUUACUGAAAACAAACAACUGGCCGAGCAUAUUCGUGACCUAUUUAACAAAUCAUUUCCAACACAUAGUUCACAACAGCAACAACAGCAAAAUGAUGGACCAGUUGUUAUUGAAGAAUCUACAGAUAUUCAAAAAAAUGCAACAACAGGAAUUAAGAGUCCUAUUAUGAUAAUUCAAGAGAACAGUGAAUGUGAAAGACACAUGUAUCAACAUUCCGGUCAAAGACCAUACAAAUGCGAAGAAUGUCCUCGUGCAUUUAAACGCAAGCAUCAUUUAACUGAACACAAACGUCUACAUACUGGAGAAAAACCAUUUCAAUGCAUUAAAUGUCUUAAACGUUUUUCACACUCUGGCUCUUACAGCCAACACAUGAAUCCACUUCGCUGUAAACUCUAUUAA